CGUGAUUACAUCUGCCAAAUAUGUGUACGCGACCAAUAAAAUAUGAUUUGAUUAAAAAAUAUAUUUUGAAUGAAGUACUGUAUAUUUGAAGUCAAUUUUCAUUGUCCUCCGACCCAUAAAAUGUGAUUUGAUUUCAAAUGUUUUGAUUUUGAAUGAAGUACUGUAUAUUUGAAGUCAAUUUUCAUUGUCCUCCAAUGGAGUUGCUGACAUUGUCUCUACUCUUAUUUCUUUUGCUCUACAGACCCCAAGAUGCAGGCUCUACAGGUUUUGUCUCUGACUCUGCUGUCCGUUCUGGCAGCUAACGCCCAGACCUUCCGCCCUGGAAAAUGCCCCCAACCCCCCGUCCAGGCUAACUUUGACGCCGCCAGGUAUCUGGGCAAGUGGUAUGAGAUCCAGAAGCUCCCUGCCAUCUUCCAGAAGGGCGAGUGCAGCACUGCCACCUACUCAUUGAAGAGCCCCGGAGUAGUUGGUGUGCUCAACAGGGAGCUGCUGUAUGUACAUUUAAGAGAUCGUUCAACAAAAUACUCUUCCCCUGGCCCCUACUGGGUGUUGUCCACUGACUACAAGGGCCACUCUGUGGUCUACAGCUGCACCGAAUUCCUGGGCGCCUUCCACGUGGACUUUGCCUGGAUCCUGAGCAGAGAGCCAACCCUCUCUAAGGAGAAACUUGGGGAGCUGUACAACUUGUUCACCUCCAACGGCAUUAACAUCGACGUGAUGACCGUCACCGACCAGAGCCAAGAGCUGUGCGUCGACAUGCCUCUGUGGGCCUAAGAGACUACCUGAUUCAGUCUAGAAAAUGCAUACGUUUUACAUUCAUCACAUGGCAUGCACAUAGAGUCCAAAUUAUUAGGACAUGUAAACACCUUCAUCUGCUUUUCAGCUGUGGAUUUGAUCUGCGCAGGUGCUAGCACCAGCCGAGCGAGCCUCCCUCUUUAGUGCGAGUGAAGUGAGUUCGGAACAACUGAAUGUAUGCUCCUUAGAGGUAGUUUUCACAUACAAACAUGUUUACAAAUUAAUACAAAAUUAAAAGCUGAAAUUGA